AGCAAAACGUUGUUUGCUGCAGCCUCUCCGGCGUUCGCGACGGCGGCGUCGCAGACGUCGCCGUCCUCCCGAAUGGCGGAUUACCCGCCAUUCGGGAAACAGCUUGAAUUCUUUCUACUAAACUGAUUGAUGGCAGAUCAACGAACUUCUUCAGCUUAGGGAACGCCGAUGAGUUGAUAUAACGUUGGUCUAUUUGGAUGCAUUUGGUUCAUAAGCUCAAGCAUGCUUUUCAAGACAAACAGUAAGAGUAUAUGAGAAGAAGCCCCAUUGAAGAAACUUUGACUUGAAGCGACAGCCGUUAACUGCGGCGACGAGAAAAGGUGACAGAAUAAAAUCUUGUAUAAAAAUCUACCAGAGAAGAUAACUUGAUGCCGGAUACAUGAGUAACCACAGUUCAAAACGAAAUUACUGAGUGGGGGAUACGUCGGAAAUUAUUUGUGCUUUGGAUCUGUACCGGUAAAUAGUGUGUGCAGUAAGGAACAUUUUUGAUUGAAGUUGCUGAACAGUUUACACACGCAGGAUGUAUUCUGUCACUCGCAGGACGUCUUGUGUUAGGACUAACUUGGCCUGUGGGCAAAUUGCCGAUCGAAAGCCACCUUUUUUGAUGCAUACAUGGCUUCAAACAGUCUGCUUUUAUAGCCUGUAUGACCCGUUGGGAGAUGUAUUCCUGCCAGACAAAAACCGAAGAGACCGAUUGCUUGAGGGAGCUAAAGUACUGAAAAAUCAGCUUUGGUCCCGACGGCCUCCUGUCGAAAAGAAAGAAUUAAAAGAAAAGGUCAUGGAAAUAAUAGAGCAUAACUUUGGUGAUGAGCUGAAGAACUUAAGCAGAGAGGAAAGAAAAAUGGCCAUUCCUCAGGUUAAAGAAGUUAUUAUCAAGGAUAUGCGGCACCACAUCUAUCAUUGGCGCCCAAUAAAUUAUGAUGCGUUCGGCAGUUACUGCUACCUGUUGGGGCGGACACCAAUGGAGUACGCAGUCUUAAGAAAAGUGUUUAAAGAAAUAAAAAUUCUGGACCCGAAAAUUGAACCUCGAUCAUGUUUUGACUUCGGAUCGGGUCUCGGUUCUGUAUGGUGGGCACUCAAAGAGCAGUUUCCGCAUUCAUUCAAGGAAUACUUUUCUGUCGAGCCCUCAAAACAUAUGAGGGAUUUUGCGCGUUAUUUAGCACAGGGUGGACCAUCUGGUAAACAGUUGCCGUUAAAUGAGUAUUCACAAAGGGCCAAGUUGGGAGCGGACUGUUCGCUUACAUACGACAUCGUUGUAUCAGCGUUUUCACUUAUGGAAUUACCGAACGCACGUGAAAGACGAGAGGCUAUUGAAUUACUUUGGGCAAAAACAAAGCGCCAUCUUGUCGUUAUUGAGAAUGGGACUUCAGCAGGCUACAAAAUGGUGGUAGAGGCCCGAGCGCAUGUGCUCGAACUAAGCAAGAUAUUCAGUGUAAAUAAUCCGCAAGGGGCGGUUUUUAAGGGUCACGUUCUUGCUCCGUGCACUCAUAGCUUUCGGUGUAAUCGGAUGCAUUGCGAGUUGGCACCCAAGCCCUGCUCAUUUGAAGUACGCUACAUGGACCUUCUAGAUUCGAACCAUAAAUCGCACACGUCCCUAUAUUCAUACGUUGUUAUGACUAAAGUUAAUCCGGAGGCCCUAUUCGAGGGCCCACCAUGCGCUCGGAUCAUCAGCCCAGUUCUACCUCGCACGAAAUGUGUCAUUUGUAGAAUAUGCACAUCAAAGGGUGAAAUAAAAGAACAAAUAUUCACAAAGAAUAAGCACGGUGGACAAGUAUAUGAAACUGCGAGGUCGUCGAACUGGGGAGAUUUAUUUCUCUUUGAAAACGUUCCUUCCGCCAGUAGAGGAUAUAGUAAUGCGUCAGCGACGCUCGCACAAAUGACAAAAUUGGAGGAGAAAAAAGAGCAGAAGAUAACGACAGAGAAGAAGGAAGAAGCGGAUCAUAGUGACAAUUAUGACUUUGAAGAGACGCUAAAAGAGGCAAAGUAACGCGGUUAGACCCCAUUCACUGUAGCCGCCCAUCAUUGAAAAGAAGGAUGUUGGAUAGGACUUGUAAGAAUUGCGUGUUAAUAGUGGAUUUAAUGUUUAUAUUAUUGUAUAGAAAAAUCUACCUUUGCGAUAUUUGAUGUUUACUCAAGCAUACCCCUGUAGCGUGUAAUUUAUGAUAUUGGUGUUUAAAAGUUACCGAAAAAGAAAGAGGCAGAUACCCUUGUUCGUUUUGACUGGUGCAUUGAAUAUAUCGAAUUGAAAAAUCGGCGUCUUUCAAAGGGAAAACAUAUUAAUUAUUGAUACCUUUUUAAAAUAUAAUUAAUGUGUUUCUAGAUACAGCUGGGUUCGAACGUUCCCAUGCUAUGUAGACUUCUGUACAGUGCAUACAACUAUAGAUAAUAAAUAUGUUUUAUUACUGUGUACUAUAUAAUCGAGCUAUAUUUAAUUGCAUGUCCGUAUCGUAGGCUUGCUUUGUUAUAAACGUAAUGCCAACUCUGUCUCGCGCGCAAAAAAAUUAUCUGUGAUCGAUCGCAAAAGAAAGUAAAUAUAUUCCACUAGCUGUCUUAAAACUAACCCGGAAUAGCCAUAUUAUUUAUGGUAGAGACCAAUUUGGACCUUUGAACGGCAACCAUAUACAUUAUGAACAUCCAACAGGUGCCUCUUUUAUAUAGUGAAAAUUUGAUCAAAUACUAAAUACCUGUGUUCUUUCAGAUCGGCUACUGAGAGAGCAUCGGCUACUGAUUGCUCUCGAUAGUCAGCGGCUCUGUCAUUCGUCUACCUGCGCACGUCUUCAUCAUCACAUGCCUUCAUUUCUGUCAAUUUGCUCUUUGCGCAGUCUUUUUGGCACUUUUCUUUUUCUUGUUUUACACACACACACACACAGACACAUACCCGCACACACAAAUACAUACAGGCAAAGACAUACACACACAGAGACACAGACCGACACACACACACUGAUACAUCUUUGAGCAAACAUCAGCAGAAUGCUUCUGUUCAUCAGAUCUGUUUCUUUCUUGGUCGCACGUCUAUUGUAAACCUACCUUUUCGUAUUCGUGUUUUUCUGUCUUGAAUAAAUGUUCGCCUGUCACUACACUUGCGCCCUGCUACGCACUCUAAAUUUUCUCAUAUAUAUUUUCAUAGUAAUAUCAUAUAUCUAUUUCAGAACGGCCCUAAAACUGAUCUUCCACUUCGAACAAUGCCAAAUUCUAAGAUAGAACAUUGUGUAGCAUAGCCUACGACUAACUAAACUCUUGUUUUUGUACUCUUUCGUCUGUGCAACUUGUGUAUAUCCGAUUAUGGAUGGCUGUAAUACCACGUCGCUUAUCAACGCAUCCUGUCAUCUCACUUGUGUCGCGUUCAUGUGAAGCAGGACUCUUCCAAUGUAAGCUGUGCAGUUAUAAGACGCCUUAUCAAGGAAAUCUGAAACGACACAGUCGUAUCCACACCGGCGACCGCCCAUAUCCCUGCGGCUAUUGCUCGUAUAGCGCCACACAACUCGAAAACCUCAAACGACACGUCGUGAAGCUUCAUCGGGACGCUGUUUGCACAACAGCGAGCAUUGAAAAAACAACGACAACCUUUUGAAGGGCAACAGUGAUGGCAAUAAGCGAUAAUGAGAAGAUCAAACAUCAUUGGGGUGACAUACAUCCGGUGAAGAUCUGCAACGCGAAUCGAUCUAGUCAGUUAUACAAAUCUAGCAAUCAAUCAAUCAAGCAGACAAUAACAACAACAUAAAGACAAAGUCAAGCGGAGUCACCAUUACAACAUAUUAUUAUUACAUUAAAAUAGAUAGUAGGUAUUGUGGAGAAUCAACUGUUGUGAAAAAUCUGCUCAGAACGCCGUCCGCGUUCCCCAAGCAGAUGAGUUGUCGCCGCUUCAUAUGAAACGACGCCAGAGCAUCGUCUUCAGCACCGUCACUGAGUCUUUCAUUAUAAGCGUCAGUGAUAUUCCAUUGUUCCCACGUACUUGGAUAAUGUUUCCCAUUUAUGGAGGUGCCUACCGCAGUUUCGUAUAUUUCAUUUUCGUAUGUGCAAACGCACGACGGAAACAACAGCUCUUUCCCCACCAGAAAAUCACACAAUAGCCGACUAUAAUACUAACUAUUUAAUUUCUAGUCCAGAGUCAAUCAUUCCAUUUCGGCUACCAGCUGUACCGUAAGCUCAUACUGAUCAGAGAUAUAUGCCCUUGUAAAUUCUGCAAGAGGCAAGCAUGUCGAUAAGAAAAAAAUUUUAUCAUCACCAAGCAAAAAGGCGAAACGCCUAACAAAUAUAAGCGUGUUUUUUUCUAUAGCAGACGUAUCACUAUAAUUGUUAUCAUAUAAUAGAGGAGAAAGCAUUACAUUACUCAGUAACAGAUACUUGACCAAAACAUAACGUCUGAGUUCGCCUAAUUAGCCUGAGCAGGUAUACUAACAUAAUGCAUCGAGAAGCAUGCAGAAGUCUUUAUUGAUUUGUGUGCCCCAGCUCAUCAGCUGGCUAGAAGCGGUUACAUUUUCAAAUCUAACCGUAAUCAACGGCAGUAUUUACUUUUCUCUUAGUCAAUUAUUCCAGCAGUAUAUCCAGUGUACACAUUGUGAGGGCAGAGACCUCGUACGCUGUUUCAUUAUACGGAGCAAUAGAGAAUGGGUGUUCUUGCAAAAGUCUGAGAGUGACAGGCCUGCUGGCAUGUAUUGUGUGACGUUGAUUAUUUGCGCAGAAUGAAUCUAGGCGUUGCUGUUUUUAAAGGCAGUAAAGGCUGUAGCUCAUAUAUAAUGAAUGUCAAAGAUAAUGUUGCAUAAUCAUGUCUAUAUAUACAUACAUACAUAUAUAUAUAUAACGAUAAAGAGAUAUAUAAAAGCAUUCGAGGAAUGACUAAAGACAAACACAUUCCCGAUUUAGAGGCGAGAGGCAUUCCGUCCCGCGAUUUUUUAGUCAAUUCCGAACCAAAGAUGAUCGUUAUUCCAGAAGAUUUUGUGGUUGUUGCGUUUUGGGGCAGGAUUACCUACCCAACAAGAG